AUGGACACGAAUAUAAAUAAUAAUCCAAGAACGUGGAAUGUCAGUGAUGUAAUGAACUGGGCAAAAACAUUUAUUGUCGACGAUGCAAUAUUAAACAAAUUCAAAGAUAUCGUUUCGAAAUUACCAUCUCAAAAAUCGGAUAAAAACGAUAUUCUGGCACCAGCAGCCACCUUGAUCCAUUCAUGUGCUGGCCCGUCCUUACGUCUCGAUGUGGCAAAGAAUGUUAUCGAUGAAAUAAUCAAUCAUGUGCAAAGUACCACAAAAAGUGAAUAUCAUUUUAAUAAAUUAUGUAAAAAUUUUUUCGGUUAUCUGUCAUCAACAGAAAUAUUGCUCUCAGCCCCUCCCGCCACUCAAUCAACAUCAGCCACUCUUCUCAGAAGCAGCCAAGAUUUUGCUUAUUAUGCGCCCAUUCGCGAAUCUCUGCGGCGAAUAUUAGUUAAAGAAGAAAUGAUACCGUUACUGAUCGACAGCAUUCAACAACAACAGCAGCAGACGAAGAAAGAUGAUGAUCUAAUGUUUUCUUAUCGUGACGCACACAAUGGUAGAAAUAUUAAGAGUAAUUCAUUUCUACUACAACUGUACACCGCUGGUCCGACCAAUCCAAAAGCCGAGAUCGACGGUGAAACAUUAUUUAUUAUGAUAACCCCGGUUGUUGUUUCAUUGAUUUUCCCCAAAUUUAGUCAGCGGGCCUUGUUUUUCCAUCAUCGUGAUUUAUUAUUUAAUUCUGUACCAAUAUUCUCAACGUCAUCGCCGUAUGUCACAAGCACUGGUAUUUCUACCGAUGAUUUAGUGGAUAAUUUAACUAUUUUGACCGAAAUUAUUUAUUCGACAGAUGAAAAGGAAUCGACUAACUUAGAUCAUGUUGAUACACUGGAUGAACCUGGGUCGGAAACCACUGUUACGUCGUCAAAUGCUAUCACAAAGAAGAAAAAUUCAUGGAAAAGUACAUUACAAGCAAAAUUUAAACGACAACGGAAACCCUCGGCAAUGACAAACGACGAAGUCAAAGCAGCAAAAGAGAAAUUUUCACAAGAAACUGGUGGAAGACCUGUGAAACGAAAAGAUGAAUCAUUGGCUGAAAGGCAUACAGAAAGUCUGAUAUUUUACGAAGUUGAGCUAACUCGAAAACUGGAUCUCCGAAGAAAUACUCAAAAAUGUUUAGAUGUAUUGUAUGGAAAAUUAAUAGCACACGAUAAAACAUCGUAUUUAACAGGUAAGUUAAAUACGAUUAUUUUGGGAUCGAAAUAGCCCGACUUCGGAUGCCUUUCAGUCGGAAA